AUGAGCGAGGACUACAAAAAAGCCCAAGACCGACUUGCCCAAGAAGCCAAAGAUCCGUCUCAGAAUGAAAUCCAGACCGGAGGUACGCAAAGCUCAAUGCUCAAAGAGCGACCGAGGAAACGGGAGAUGCGGGCCCCGGAAUUCUGCGACUGCGGCGAGCAUUCUCGUACCUAUCCGACGCAAGCAGGUCGAUCAGGGUUUCGCAUCAGGUUAGCCCCCCUAGCGGCCCGGAAAGAUCCUCAACAUACUGCUCGCUCUGUUGAUGCAUCCAAUUCAAAGGACAAGGUGGCAACCCCGCAGGCGACGCACUGUGGGCGAUGCAAGAAGCUGAAGGUGCCCAAAAGCCGUCGGCCAGCUUUCCUAAAGAAAUGGCACCAAGACAAUAGCAGGUCGAGCGAAGACAAUGAUGGCGACGAUGAAGAAGUGCCACCUCGACCAGUUCCUGACAUGAACGAUCAGGCGCAGGACGGUGUCCACGGGAAUGAAGAGAUCGCCGCGGAUGGUUCUACCAUUGAAGGCAGAAGCAGAGUCGAUGAGCCACAGCCCUCUAUGGAGAGUAGUGCUACCGCCAUCGCCUUCCAAUCUUCGGGCGAAGUACCAGGUACGACAGCUAUCGAGGCAACUCAAGUCACCAUCACUCCAUCAUCUGCUGCGUCUCCUCAGACAGAGACCACGAACGAGCAAGCUUCGGCAGCCGCCCCCUCCGCUCCACCAGAGUCGCUGUCAACUGGGGUCUCUAGCCCACAAGCGAUAGCAUAUUCCUCCGAGGAUCCUGCUAUUUCCCUGGAGGGCGGAGCGCAGAUAUCGGAGAGGGAAGAUAUGUCCAAACGACCAGCCGAGGAACCGGUAGAAGAUCGCCCGGCGAAACAUCAGCGCAUCGAUAUUGAUCUGACCGGAGAUGAUGUCGCAAUGGUGAAGACCGAGCACAAGGCUGAAGGCAAGGGCAAGAAUAUGCUCAAGACGCAGGAGAUCAACGACAAAGAAGAGCUCGAGGCGCGGCUCCAAGACAUUCGGAUGCGGAAGGAAGAGCUGCAGCUGAAACGUGAAGAAGCGGAAGUGCAGCGCCAGUUAAGAGAGCUGGAGAAGAGGGCAGGAAGGCCGACUCGGGAGAGCGGUGGCAUUAUCAAGAUCGAGGACUGA